UUUGACCUGGUGUAAUUUAAACGUAGGUUAACAUUGAAACAAUAUCUUAUUAGUACAUUAAAACACAAAUCUAAACAUUAAAAUUUACAUCAAAAAAUGCACUUGAACUUGGAAGAAAUAUGAUGUAACAUUUCAAACCCAUUAAGGUAGCUUAGGCUAAAACAGCUGGAUCUACAUUUGUAUUUUCCCUCUACUUUCGUUUUGUAUCAACAAGUUGCUUUGAUUUUUUUCGUUAUUUUAAUUUAGUGUUGAAAUUAUUUCAAUUUUAGAUUAAUAUUCUAAUAGUUAAAUAUCAUGAUGUGAUCUUAUUAAUUGUGAUGAACAAAGUCUUUUAAAUACAACAUCUUGUGUUAUCUAACAGCUUAUGACUUCACCAUCUCUAACCAUCUUUAACAUUUGCUUGGAGACAUCGUUUGUAAUAUUUGUAUUUCAAAAUUCAACAAAUAUUCGAAAAGAACUUAUGCUUAAUGAUUGGUUUAAAAGGUUGAACUGUUUUUGGUAACAUCGGUCAUAUCACUUAUUGGUCUAAAAUGUCAAAUCGAUGCUCACUGUAAUCCUACAGUAAUUGGAAUCCAUAUAUUUUUCGGUGUUGAUCCCUAUGAUGUUAUGUACAACUUAUGCUGAUGAACCGAAUUAUGAUCAUUAACCUGGUGUAAAAUAAAUACACAGGUGGACAACCUCAAUACUGUUAUGGGUGACAUUGUCCUGAAGACCAGCAGUCAGCAGCUAAAGAUAGUUGGAGCUUCCAUCACCAGUUAACAUUACUCUCUUCUAAAAAUUUUGGUUUUUACCAGAAUUUUCACAAUCAUUUCAAGUCUUUUGGUUGAAAUAUCGUCAUAAACACAUGUAUUUACUGAUGAAAUUAAAAUUACUCUUGAUUUUCUCAUCAGAGGUAAUGUACUUUUCAGAUAGACAAGCCGUCAUCAGAUAAUGUUUCAACUAACCCAAUAACAUUAUCACCUAAAGUUAAUGACACAGAAAUCUACAUGUGUCAAUUAGAUCAGUAUUUGAAUCAAUAACUCAACCAUGGAUAUGACUAUGGCAGUCGUUGGAUGGAGUGCAAAUCAAGUAUUCAAGAUGCAAGAAAAAUGUAUUGGUUCAAACCAAGAAUGAUUAUACAAAUCAAAUACACGGAGGAAAAAAGAUCGACAAAAAUUUACUCGCAUCUGGAAAGCUGGUUUCAAAUUCACGUUUCAACACAAACACAUGGACAAUCAUGCCAUUUACGGGAACUAGAUCUUUGCGCUGCAACUUUACUGGUAUUUACUCAAAAUCCAUCGGGGAUCGCAACAACGGGACAAGAAAUGAAUAAACAAUGUGGUUAUUUGCGCGAAGCUGAUUCAUGUUUAAGAAAUUUUACCCGCAAAUGUACAACUCCAUUACAACGAGAAUUGAUUGGUUUUGUUACCGAAGGAGGAAUGAGACUGUUGAAUGAAUAUUGCAGCCCGGCAACCCAAUUGAGACAAAGCUAUCUUAAACAUGCACCUUGUUUGAAUCAAGCUCAGCGAAACCAAAGGAUGUGUGUUAAAGAUUUACAAGCCGCACUUGAGAUCAUUGCCAAUGUGGAAUGGGAUCGACGGAUACCGGCUGGUUGCUGUGCCUAUCGACGAUUCCAGGGUUGCGUUGUUAAUCUGGUUGAAUCAAAGUGUGGUAAAGAAGCUGUUGAGUUUAUCCAUAUCCUAUUGAGAAUGGCGUUGUCUCGAUUACCAGAUAUCAUUUGUGUCGGCUAUGGACCACAAACCUCAGAAUGUCGGGCACUUCUUCCACCACCGGGAACACCACCGAGAGGAGCUAGAAGCAACUCAGUCCUUUCACGAUUAUUUUCAGCCUACACUGGACUUUAAUAAUUUAUACAACAAUCUCAGGGUUAUUCCGGUCAUCUUGUUAGGUUAACAAUGCAAGUUGGUUGUGGCUGCUUGAUGAUCAUAUGAGAAUCAAUUGUAAUUUACUAAUAAUUGAUUUACUUAUUAGAAGUAGAUUAUUUUUUUGAAGAUAAAAUGAUAGUUUUUUUCUCUCCUGUGUUCAUCGGUCAAUUUUGGUCUCUAAUAGUUUUUGUUUCAUUGUGAUAGUUUGUUCAAUCAAUGUUAAUUUAAGAAUUGUUCAAUGUCUUAAUGUUCCUGAUAUAUCUCUUUGAUUCAUUAAUACUAAAUUCAUUUAAUUUAUUGUACUCGCCAAGAUUUCAAUCAAUUUAUAAAUCUAUGAAAAACUUUUAUAUGUUAACCAAGACUUGUUUCCAAAAGUUACUGAUCAGUAGAUUUGAUUUCAUUGAUUAAAAUCUCUAGGUUUA